UCGCCCUGCGUGAGUAACAGGUUGACGUUAAUUAGCUGCUUGAGCCAACAUGUCGGACAGUUUCCCCAAGAAGUCUGCUUAGGUUCCAGCGAGUUGGUCGCCUAUUUCUCUGUCUUUUACUUUAAAGCGCCGAUUUUUGUUUUAUUGUCCUUCUCUUGUGCUUUACAGCUGGAACAUGUCCCCGCAGACCCAGAAUGCUGCUGCCAGACUGGCCCAGAUCCCCAUGGUCCACUCGGCUUGGUCCAGCCUCUCAGGCUUGUACGGGGGGGCCAAAAGCCGCAACCCCGGCCUGAAGUGUGUGUGUGAGGGCCUGGAGAGCAGAGUGACGCUGCUGGGCCUGCUGGCUUGUCGCAAAGUGGCCCCUGUCAUCACUCAACUGCAGCCACAAAUUUCCUUCGCCAACGAUGUUGCGUGCAAAAGUCUGGACUGGUUGGAGGUGACCUUCCCCGUGUUGCACGCACCCACCCACCAGGUCAUGGCGGGCGUGAGAAGUAAAGUGCUGGAGGUCCAGGAUGCCGUGAGCAGCGUUGCCAUGGGAACCGUGCAGCGCGUCAUGGCCAUGUUGCAGCAGGCGGACCACCACCAGUCCCUGGUCAUGUUGCAGCAGGCGGACCACCAGUCCCUGGUCAGCGUGGACUCUGAAGCUGUGGUGGAGCACACCAGAAGAAGACCUCCUCCAGAAGACACCAACGCUGACUGGCCAGUGGAGGAAGUCGAGACGGACACGAGAAGACUUGGGACUCUCUCCAUCACUCUGUGCAGGAGGGCCCGGGUCCAGUCUGCUCAGAUGAUGGAAGCCUGGUCCACGUCCACAUGUCAUCUCCGGGUGGUGCACACAAGCUGGCUGGUUGUUGCCUGGAGUCUGGAGCAGCUCCCCCAGUGGUUGCAGCAGCAGAUAGUGUCUGCCUUCUUGCUGCUCACACACAUGUACAACAGCCAGCAGCACAGCGUCUGCCUCUGUGACGCGCCGCCGCCACCGAGCGUGCUCAAGAAAAACUGGCGAGCGAAAAGACCUGCCACCAUCUCGGGGUUUGAGAGCGGACGCAUGGGCGAAGGAUGUGGACAGCGUUGAUGCGAGUCACAAGUAAUAAAUGUAUGAACACUUCAAAUAAAAGCACU